AUGCUUCCGCCGACCCGGAUCCCGACGGUCCUCUUCCUGCCGCUGCUGAUGCUCGGGUCGCAGUCCGCUGCAGAGAUGCGGGUCUCCGGGAUGACGCCGGCGCUGCACGGCUUUCGCGGCUGCGCAGUGCGAGACUUCUCUUUUGUGGCCCAGAAGCCAGGUUGCAAAGGGCUUCGGGUCACCACCGAGGCGUGCUGGGGACGCUGUCACACCUGGGAGAGACCAGUGUUGGACCCCCCAUUUAUCCACCGGCACCACUGCGUCUGCACGUACGCGUUGACCCGCUACGCCAGUGUGCGUCUGCCCGGCUGUCAGCCCGACGUUUCGCCUCUUUAUCACUACCCGGUGGCUCUUCACUGCCACUGCGCCGUCUGCAACACCCUGGACAGCGAAUGCGAGAGCUUCUGA